CAAUGAAACGUUUUGUCAUCGAUUGACACCACUCAAACUUAAAAAAAAAUCAAAAAAAACCUAAAAUUCUUGUCGCACUUUUUCGGCCUCAAAAUACCAAAUUCUCUGUGACUAAACCAAAAUGUUGGCCAUAAUGAAGAAGAUCCAACGGAACCCGAAGUUCCCGUUAGUGAUGGCUGGGGCGUCGUACACCAUGUUAGCUUCAGCAAGUGCCGGGUGUCUUUACUGGUACUUUACUCAGAUCGCCAGCAACGAUUUUUGGCACUGGAUGCUAGUUUCUUAUUGUAUUAUGCUGGCCAACGGUAUAACUGGAUUCACUGAAUUCUUUUCAGAGGACUCAUUUUGCCCCUUAAGAGACCUUUUAGAUCAUCUUCAGCUGGUCCUCGUUUUACCAUGUUAUGCCGCUCAAAUGUGGGUAAAAACCGAAAUGGGUCCUCCGGAAAUUGCUGUCGUACAUGCCGGUCUAGGAAUCAUUGCCGCCCUGAUGUACAUUCUAGUGGAAUGCAGAAGACAGGACCUAACCGAUCUGGCCAUAUUCGCUAACGCGUUCAGCUUAUGCUGUAUAUCCUUAUUAAAUGUGAACCCAUUCGUUACUUUAGCCACAAGUGUUUUAGUAUCAGGAUAUCUAAUAUACAAGAGGGAUGACGAGCAGUGCUGUCUUGCUCCCCAGGACAAAUUCAAUUUGAUAAUGGCCACAUUCGCUAUUAUCUCUUUGGUUUCCUUUGAUGAUGAUAUCGUGACAACUGUACAAGACACAGUGCAUGAAGGUCUAAACGCCAUUAUAGGAGGCGAAUAAUGUUUGUGUAAUUAUUAUAUUGUCCAGGAUUUGUCCAACUAAAAUUGGUUUAAUUUUUGUUAUAUAAAUUGAGAACAUUUCAGUA